UGCUGUCUAAUAGUACUAUCAGUAUUAAUAAUAGUAGUAUGCCUUGAAUUUGAUUAGUGAUAGUAGUAAUAUAUUUCGUUGUCCAAAUUUAGCUUGGUUAUGCCGCGCAAAAAUCUACGUUUUUUAUUGGAACUGAAAGGAGUGAGUGAUUUCAAUUCUCAAAAUUGCACUCUCAGUCUCUUGCAAAAUUCAGGUUUAAUCUUAAUUUUUCGGUGAGCCACAGUGAGGGGGGAAAUUGAGAAGUGCGCUGGUCGAAUGAUUUUUAUUGUUUUAGCUUGCGGCGUGUCCGAAAAAGAGAGAAUCGCUUGUUCUAAAGUGAGAGUGUGGGAGCAGAGAUCGCCUCAGCAGCAGGUUGGUUGUGUGUCACUCCAACAACAAUCAACAUCAUGGCAACCGCUCUCCAGCAAAGGCGCGUCCUGGUGGAGAUCCCAGCACCUCAGCCCAAAAGUGCAGCUCAUAUGAGGAGGUCUUACUUGGAUGUUCUGAAUUCCCGUGUUGGAUCAUCUUCCCACAGCUCCAGAAACAGUGGCGUGUCCACCAACCCACGGAGGAACCGAGCAUUGGAGACCCAUCAUAGGAGUACACCCAUGAGCCAGUCAGAGGAUGUUCAGGUCAAGGAAGCAUCUCUCUCCCAGCAACAAGUUGUGCAGUUUAUUCAGUCUAUUAUGUUACACCAAAAGCAGCAGGAACCCACUGUCACUUGCUCAGAUGUGAAGGUUCUACUGGAAGAGCUACACCUGAAGAAGACUAUUGUGUACAGGUCCAUUCCCUACUCACGCCUCGGGUCAAACAGAGAUGCACACUGUUACAGAAAGGCCUAUCCCCACCUUCUAGCAUUCAAGCGCUUCUGCCAAGAGGGAGGCCGAUUGCUGCUCCAGGACCAGCGGUGGGAGGAAGCGCUGGAGUUCACCCUGGGAGCAUGGUGGUGCACAGCAUCCCUGCCGCAGUGGGAGGUCGCCGGCCACAACGUUCUGAGGGAGCAGUGCUACGGCACGCUGGCAGACCUGUGCACCACUGCACUGCGGCACCAUCGACCCCACUACAGCCAAGCCCUCGAGCUCUUCAGGAGGUUUAAACUGGCCAGGAUGCACAGUAACCUGAUCUCCCCUUGCAUUGAGACACUGGAGAGGAUUUUGGGUGAGGGUGAGGAGCAGGGCAGGGCAACUGAUGUGACCUCAUCUGUCCAGAGUCAGCAGUGAUGUUGGUCAGGUACAACUCUUCCCAGUGUCUGCCCCACCGAUGUAUGCAGUGGUACAAUCAAUGGAUCGCUGAGGCCGAACAGCUUCACUGUGAAAAACCUUCUAAAAGCCAGUGUUAUGCCAACCAUUUACCACAGUGCUGCAGUUUACAGUGGUUCUAUACUGGAUGGCAGCUGUCUGGAGUUGAUAUUGUUGGAUCAAUGAGUUGAUGGUCUCACUCUUCUUUAAGGAAAGAACUUGGAAGAUGUCACUCAUUUGACAUCACUGUAAUACGAGAAGACUCUGCCUCAAGGCUAUGAUUCUAAUUAAAAAGGAAAAGCAUUUUUAAAAAUUGAUACAAUAUGGUGCAUGAGGAGAGGGAAAAGGAAAACAUUCAAUUUAAUAGGAUUAUUUUUUUUGAGUUGAGGGAUUUUGUAUCUCUUCCUAUUUAAUUGAAUGCACUGGCUUUUUAUACACUAUACACUUCAUAAUUUCUGAAAGGGAAAGACCAAUUUUAAACAAGACAUGGAUCAUGAACUCCUUUACAAUGUGUUAAGAACGCUAAUGUGAGUACUUGGAAGUCAGCUGUCUGAGCAAAUUCAUUUCUAUAAAAUAUUCAAGAAGCCUUUUAGGAUAAGAGUUCCCUGAUGUUUAGAAUUUAUGGAUUUUGGUGAAGAUGGAACUUAUAGUGUGCGCCACAUAAAUAUUUAGACCUUUCUCUUGCUUCCGAUUCCAGUGUUUACCUUUGCAGAAUUGCACAUCUGUUUUG